AUGAAGAAGAAUUUAAGAAAGGUCAAGCUCAAAUUACAGAAUCCUCUUCAGCUCGGUUCCAAUGACCAAAGCAAUUCCAAACCGAACACUCCAGUUAGUUUAACGUUUUCGUCAUCAGCCUCUCCUUCUUCCUCUAGUUAUGGCUAUACCUCUCCUGGUUUUCGUACAGACACUUUUCCGGUGACAGGAAACUCUGGAUUUGCUAACGAGGACUUUGGAUCCCCUUCCCCUUCGUUGGAUAGCUCUUUAAAUUCUCCAUCCCUUCCAACUCCAUCUUCCGAUGACCGUAGCCAAUGUGGUAAUUACUUUCAUUUAGUUUCGAAAACUGAAUCGGGCAGUCCACACAAGGACUUGUUUCAGUCUGGGUCGGGUUUCUAUCCCCUCGACGAUAUUGGUGUACCGAUGGAUUUAAGUGAAAAAUCCCAUACGUAUCCAGUAUCAACGCUUCCACAUUCCUCAGCAUCUAGUCAACCUAAAAUCCGACCCUCUACCUCUAUGUCAAGCGCGUCUUCGUUUCAGCAAUACAACGUUGACACUUCAUCCUCACCGAACUCCUUGCCUUUGUCCAAUGAUUUAGUACUGCGCAAAAGCGAAGGAUUAGAUCUGUAUUCCCUAUAUGAAAGAAUUUCUUUUUUAUUUUCUCAUAUUAAUUAUAGCUUUAAAAGUGGGGAAUUAAACCAUUUGCCCUAUUAUGUGCAUUCUGUCCAACGCGAGCUGUUUUCUCUAUUCCAUUCGACCGGAAUUUUCUAUCUCUUACUACAGUAUGCACCUGGGGGUUCGGAAACAGGAAGUUCAAUUUAUGUCUUUUUUGAAAGGCUGUUUCCCCAUCUAUCCCGUCUUGCUUUAUUGGCUGAUAUAAAAAAUGGAAAUUUCACGAGGGGAACACUGAUUCCAAUGCUCAGUUCGUGUACUGAAAAGUUAUUCUAUAUACUUCAGUCAUUUAUGAUUACCUGUGCUAAUAACAGCUCUUAUCUUCAACUUUAUACCAAUUCAAUCGCUUUUAUAGAAGGUAUUCCUUCUGCCGGAAAUUGGUCUGGUAACGGAUUACUAAACUCCGCUAAUUCUACUCGCUUUCUUUCGAGUGCAGCUACCCUUAGUAGUUUGGACACUUAUUUAUACUUCCUAUUUCAAAUAUGCUCUGAGUCUAUGGAAAAGCUUAAGGGCGAAACUUCAAAUGUCGAUGAUGAUCUUAUCGAUGAUAUUUGUUAUCCUAUAAUUAAUCAGUGCAAAGAGGUUCUUAAUUAUAUAGAGAAGUGGAAUUUAUCCACUAUAACGGAUUCUUCUAACGAAAAUAUAUUACGAUCUUUUUUUACCAAAAAACAGAUUUGCUAUGAUCUUACUGGUGAGGUAACUUGCUUUUUCCAAGAGUUGAAUCUUGAAAGCGUUGAUAAGCAAUUUAUUAUUAUGAGAAUAGCAAGCAUUGCUUCGAACUUUCAACAGUUAUUUGAGCUCAUGUUUACAUUGGUGAAAGGGCAAGCAUUUGCUGAUUGUGAGAAUGCUGACUUUUUGUGCAACAAUUUUCAAAAUUCUUUCGUUGACGAAUCAUAUGAACCUGAAGUGUUGGAAUUAUAUCAAAAUAUCGAUAGUCCUUCUGAAAUUUCACGAUCCUCUGACUACACUGCCAUUAGUAGCAGUAGCAGAGAAAGUUUUACUAUAUGGAGAUGGUCUCGACGAUUGUCUACUCUUUUAGACGACAUUUCGGAUGAGCCAUUGAUUUAUAACGAUAACAAACUAAGAGGUGGGACACUGUCUUCGCUUGUAAAUUAUCUUAUAGCUAAUGUGCACAUGGAUAAGGAGUUUCGGCAUAUUUUUCUGUUGACUUAUAAAAGCUUUGUGACGGCAAACGAGCUACUCGCGUUGUUGAUUAUGAAGUUUCACAGUACAAUUCCUCUCGGAAUUACCGAAGAUAAGUUACGUAUUUGGAAAAAGAAGGAUUUGAUUAAAAAGAAAAAUAUAUGUACAGUUAUCAAUUUAUGGGUACAGAAAUACUUUGCGGAAGAUUUGAAUUCAAAACGAGUUUUAGUAUGCUUGUCUGAGUUGAACACGUUUAUUCGUGAUUUUGUUAUUCCUUCAUUCCAUAUUGGAACGGUUAUCCUUGAGGAAAUUGAUAAUCUAUGGAAGGAAUCGGAAGUUCCAGAACUAAUUAACCAAGUUGCUACUCUUAAUGUUUUUGCCUACUCACCAAAAGACUUUGCAGUUCAAGCGACUAUCAUUGAAUUCGAUUGUUUCAAAAGUAUUCCUACCUCCGAGUGGAUAAAUAAGCGAUGGUUGGACCAUAGAUCUUGCAGUGCUAUACGAGAUUCUAUUAAUUUUUCAAAUUGUUUUACCUUUUGGAUAAUUAAUUGCAUUCUCGAAAGGAGAAACGUAAAAGCACGCGUCUUUGUAAUUUCUUAUUUCAUCCAAGUGGCAUAUGAAUGUUUAGCAAUUCAUAAUUUCUCAACUUUGAUAGCCAUUGUUUCAGCUUUAAACUCUGCUCCUGUGUACCGUUUGCGUGCUGCGUACAAGUUGGUCUCUGCGGAAGAUAUGAAUAAGUUAAAAGGGUUACAAGAAGUAGUCGAAAGUAAGAAGAAUUUCGUCGCUUAUCGAACUUUGAUUAAGCAGAUUGAACUCCCUUGCGUCCCUUUUUUGGGCGUUUUUCUGAGCGAUCUUACGUUUAUCGAUGAAGGAAACUCGGAAAUUAUUGACGGAUUUCCUCACUUGAUAAACUUCAGCAAACGACAACGUAUAUGUAGUGUCGUUGAUGAAAUAUGUUAUUACCAAUCCGUUUUCUAUAAUUACAUUGAAAAUGAAAGAUUCACAAACACCAUUCGCCGGCAUUGCCGAUGUGUGAAUCAAGACCUAUCUGAUCUUUUUGAUAAGUCGCUUUCGAUAGAACCGCGUGGUUCUUAA